GUUGAGUUGAGUUUAACGCUCGUAGCGAAGUCAGCUGUGAAGAUGUGCGAGCAAGCGAAGAAAAAGAGCAACUGGGAAGAAGAAGAAGAUCCAAAUAAGCAUCAUCCUUUAAUCCACUGCGCAGAGCUUAUCCUUCCAUGGCUAACCCCACAAGAGCUUGCCUGCAUCUCCUUGACCUGCAAAUCCCUAUCCCAAUUCUCCAAAAAAAUCACUAUCCAACGAUCCUUUGACGCUUCCAGAUCCCUUGAGAACCUUCCUGUGCCAUUUCAUAACGCAGUCGAUCACCGCCCUUAUGCCUUCUUCCUAUAUGCCCCAUCUCAAAUCCUUCCUUCUCAGUCUCCCCAACGCCAACCUUGGGGCUCCUCGCGUUUUGCUGCCUCCAUGUGCCCAGUCGGGGAGAGCGUAUCUGGGUGUGAUUGUGAUUGUGAAGCGUGCGAGCAGGGAGGUGCAUCUGGGUGUGAACUUUUGGGCUUGGACGAGCUGGAGAUGGGCAUAAUGAGCGAGUGCGGACUGAGUUGUGAGUGUGGGUUGGAUUGCAGGAAUCGGUUGACUCAGAGAGGGCUUUCUGUUAAGUUGAAGAUUUUGAGAGAUGAGAAGAAAGGAUGGUGCUUGUAUGCUGAUCAGCUGAUUCGGCAAGGCCAAUUUGUCUGCGAAUAUGCUGGUGAACUCUUAACGACCAAAGAAGCCAGAAGCCGGCAACAAAUCUAUGAUGAGCUCACAUGUGCUGGCCAAUUUUCUUCAGCUCUUAUAGUUGUGAGAGAGCAUCUUCCGUCAGGAAAGGCUUGUUUGAGGGUGAAUAUUGAUGCCACAAGAACAGGAAAUGUUGCAAGAUUCAUUAACCAUUCUUGUGAUGGCGGGAAUCUGUCAACAAUGCUAGUGAGAAGUUCAGGAGCUUUGUUGCCUCGUCUGUGUUUCUUUGCUUCUAAAGACAUAAAAGAAGGAGAAGAGCUCACUUUUAGCUAUGGGGAAAUUAGGGUCAGGUCUAAGGGCCUGCAAUGUUUUUGUGGCAGCCCUUGCUGUUUUGGAAUUUUGCCCUCAGAGCAUACUUAAUCUUAGAAAACCACAUGAGGUAGGUCUAUAAUAUGAGUGGCCAUUUUUAUAGAGAAUGGAACAUUCAUUCAAUUGAUAUACUGCAAUGCUGUUUGAAAUUAUAUUGAAAAUGGUGGCUUUUAAUGUUUAUCCAUAUGCAAGAUUGCAAGGUA